CGCCCCAGCGAGCAUCUUUGCGUUGACGUUGGAUUACACCGCGGAGGUCAGUGUGCCGAAGAUGCAGGAAACAGAUGAUGCUGACCGUGUCGUUCAUGAAUACGCGACAUUUUACAUGGACAGUGUGCCUCCGCUACCCUGUCAUGUGCGCCCUCCGUCCGGCGUGGCUGUGCGUGCUGCUCGGGCUCUUGCCUUUGGAGAUCCAGUCCCAAGCGCUGACUCCGCAGAGAAGUCACAGACACAGGCUGAGUUUUCCCAGAACCUCUAAAUUCCCAAAGUCCUUUCACCCCAGCAUCAUGCCGACUGUGUCUGAUCUCUCUGUCGCUGCUCACAACCAAAUUACAGAGGAAGACGGACAGAUCAUCUGGAGGGCCUUGCUCCCGCACAAAGAGCCCCCGCCAAAGCUCUUUGACCCGUUGGUCGACCAAAGCCACAACGUGCUACCAGAGGCGCCAGUCUGGCAGCGCGGGUCACGGGGUCGUCGCCAUGCUGGUAGAGGCAGGGGCCACCCCCACCUGAUGAGGGUGGGGUGCGUCCUAGGCACCUGUCAGGUUCAGAACCUCAGCCACCGUCUGUACCAGCUGAUUGGACAGAGUGGGAGGGAAGACUCUUCCCCAAUUAAUCCCCGCAGUCCUCACAGCUACGGAUAAGGCCACACCCACCAACCCACACUCAAGACAACUUCAUCAACACCUGCUGGCAAAUUACCCAGGUCCACUGUUACACUAACUAUAUGUUCAGACUCAAAAAUAUUGCUACUGCUGUCAUUCCUUAACAGAGCAGUUGUGGGUUUUUUACACCUUGGGUCUUAUUUUUAUAGUUUUGACUAAAACUGUCAUCGGUAAUAAGAACACGGUACUCACAGAGUAAACUGUUGAACGCUUUGAAUGAGGCAACAUCAUGAAAAAGACAACAGCAAAGACUAAGGCUACGUUCACACUGCAGGUCUUAAUGCUCAAUUCCGAUUUUUUGAUCAAAUCCGAUUUUUUUGUCUGCUUGUUCACACUACAAAUAAAAUGUGACAGCAAACGCGCUCUAGUGUGAACCCUCAAAGCGGCCCGCAUGCGCAAAAGAAGACAUCACACACAACGCGCUCUGAUUAGACCCGGAGGAAACAGUAUUGUUUGACUCAUGGCCGUUAAUAUAAAGACUCGUUUCGGACUUUACAUUUCCCAAUUUUGCUUUAAGUUAUAAAGUUGUUUUGUUAUUUACAUAUGGCCUAAUAAUUAUCCUUAUUGCUGUUUUAAAGGAGCGGUGCUUCAAAGGAUAGUUGCAGAUU